GCCUUCUCCCCAAAACCAGCCGGCAGCCACCCUUUGCCAAAGUCACCGACCGUUGAGCUUCUUUCCAUGCCAAAACCACUUCGAUCUUCUUCCCCUCAUGCACCUUCGGCUUUCUCUUUCUCUCCCUCAUCUCCCGGAUCAUCCUCCAUGCAAGCUCAGUUUUCUCCAGAUCCAUCAACGCUGGCGAGUUUUUCGGUUACCAUCAUCUCUCCCAUGGCUCCCAAAUCCAUGAAUCUUUAUCCUCAGCCAUCGAUUUCACCUUCCUCUUCCUUCAAUCGAGUAGCCAUCACCCACACUCACCUUCCCAAUCAUUCCCGUGGCCCAGCACCCACCAUCCCGGCGAGUGAGCAUCGGAACCGGAGAGAGGAAAGCCAGAUCUACCAACCAGCGAUGGAGGUGAGGUGCACGCGAAGCCCCGGCGACUCGGCGAAAUAUCAAUCAUCAUCCAACUGAAACAGAUCUGCAAACCAAAUCUAUGCUAGCUACAAAGUGACGACAGGGGUUUUAGGUUAGAAACGGGAGGUCUUUGAACAGAGGAGUUUUCUGGGAAUGGUGGUGAAGGGGACGAUGGGAGCCUGGUCUCGUGGGUGGGAUCCCUCCCAUCAGAUUUGGAUCCAUUUUUCCCAGAAAAUUCUGCCGUGGAUGUGUUGCCUUUUGGUUGAUUUUCUCUAUUUUUUUUUAUGUUUAAGGUUAUAUGUAUUUUCUUGAGAAAUGAAUGAAAGAUCAUAUAUUUG